GAAUAGGGACAGACCCCCAGUUGCUGUCAAGGAGCUGAAUUCCUACAUUAAUAAUACAGCACAGAGUGCAGUCUGAGGGAGAUGAGAUAAAUACCAGACAUGGAUGGUGGGUGUGUUGUCCUGGGAUGCUGAAGCUGUUUCUUUGUUCCAGUUGAUGCUGAGGGCUGCUGGAGCAUUACUCUGAAACAUCACCAAAAUGAGUGAUGAAAAGGAAGACCAAGGAGAUCCAGCAGACAUGGGUGAUUCAGUAGAAAGUGGAGAAUAUGAGGAUGAUUUUGAAGAAGACCAUGAAUGUCUAACCUCUGAAGAAGAAAAAGAAACUGUUGGUGAAAGAGAGAAUCAUGAAAAAAAUGGAGAGGAUAAUGAAGCACAAAUUGUUACAAUUGUGGACAACUUGGAGGAAAGCAACGAGGAAAUGGAAGAAAAUCCAGAUCAGCCUUCAGAGGCAGAUGUAGAUGCACAAGUGAGACCCUCCAAUGAAGAAAGCUUGGAAUGCAGGCCUGAUAUUAAACAGGGGGACCAUGUAUCUGAUACUGAUAGUGAAAGCUCUAUCCAGGAAUCCAAGAUGGAAAACCAGCAGGAACUGGACGAGGAAGAGGAUGAAGAAAUAAAGCGUUACAUCCUGGAAAAGAUCGAAGAAGCCAACAAAAUGCUGGAGAACCAGGCUCCGGUGGAUCAGAAAAGAGAACGGAAAUUGAAGUUUAAGGAUAAGUUGGUGGAUCUUGAAGUCCCUCCUCUGGAAGAGGCUGAAGCUUGUAAAACUGACCUUGCAAGAGGAGAUGAUGUUUCAAACAGGCUGUCUCGGUUGCACAUUUCUCAUGAAAAGGGAGGGGAAAGCACGUCGCUUUCACCACGCGCUGGCAAGGAUGAGGAAAAGAGAGAUGGUAAAGUCCUCGUGGAAAAAGAUGGGAAGUUUGAACUCUUGAGUUUACGUGAUAUUGAAAGCCAGGGAUUUCUGCCCCCAAUAAGUGUUUCUUUUACUGAUAUUGAAACUCAGCAUGCAUCUCCAAAAUCGUCUCAGUGUGGUCCUUUUGACCCUGCCUCUCGAAUGAGGGAAGUUCCUCCAGCAAGGCCAGGAGCACAUUGCUCUCAAGGUGCAGGCGGAGAAGAGUGUUUGUAUUUCCCUAAGCCUCCGGCUAACCCCAAGCGUCGCCCAAAUUCUGCUGCUGGUGCUGCAAGAGGUGUGGCAAAACGGAAGACUCCACCAAGGGCACAGUCUGCAAAUGUGGCUGUGAGAAGCACCACUUACUGCCUUUCUCCCAGACAGAAAGAGUUGCGCAAGCAGUUGGAACAAAGGAAGGAAAAACUGAGGAAGGAGGAAGAAGAAAGGAAACGGGAACAAGAAGAGCAGAAGAGAAAAGAGAAUGAGAUGGUUUUUAAAGCUUGGUUACAGAAGAAAAAAGAGCAAGUGCAAGAAGAAAAGCGAAGUCGUCGUGCAAAGGAGCUAGAAGACUUGAACAGCAAAGAUAAGAGCAGGAAUCCAGAAGAAGCCUUCAAGUUAUGGCUUAAGAAAAAGCACCAAGAACACAUGAAAGAAAAACAGCUAGAAAUGUUGAGACGCCAAGCUGAGGGAAUCGCACUUUUCCCAAGAACUGAGGAAUGCAACAGAGCCUUCAAAGAGUGGCUAAAAAGAAAGAGAGAAGAAAAACGAGCAGAAGAACUAGCUGCUAAAGAGAGGGUAAGGCAGCUUAGGUUAGAAGCCAGAAGAGCAAAGCAGUUGCAGAACAUCCACUGUAUUAAUUCAGAGCCCAAAUCCUUUCGCUUCACAGACCAUUACAGUUGAAAGUUUGACGUAAGCAUAAUGCUCUUUGUGACAACCCCCUUCAUUGUCAUGGCUUGAGCUUUCACUCCUUUUGCAGCAACUGACUUUUUGUGGUGUUUUUAAAGCUUUUAAUCAAGUUCAACGAUUACUUUCACUGACAAUGGUUUUACUAUCUAUUUAUUUGCAGUUCUGUUGACAAGCCUGCUUUUAUGUAUAACUCAGGGAUCUUCUUAGUUUGACCAAAUCAAAACGCGUGCGAGAUCU